CUUUAACGAUGGAGAGGACGCCAAAGGCGGUCAGGAAGACUCCUCGGAAGCGCCGCAAUCCACCUGAGAGUGGUGAUGUCAUCUCAGUCGUUCGCCCCAUCAACUUACUGGACGAGCGGGAGCGCUUCAUGAUCAGCGUGGGCGUCCUGCCGAAGUCUCCAACGCCCUCCAGCCCUCUGCCGACCGCCCCUCUGUCCAUUUCAGCCCCCUCCUCCGCAAGCAACACGUUUCUGCUGGCGCCUUCGUCUUCCCUCCACAUCCUGCCCCCUCUUGUGAACCGACCUCAGCCGCCCGUUGAGUCACAUGAGUCGUCAGAGGCGCUCGACGGUGCCCUGCCGCGGCGCAGCAUGUCAUCUUCGCAGCUGAUGGCCAGUGAGGACGACCGGGCGGCGCUCGAGGGGUGGGAGGAAUCGAAUGGUCUGCAGAGGAGGAGCUCGUCGGAAGAGGCAGAAGCAGACGCAGCGACAACGGAUGCAGAGAAGCCAUCAUGUGUUGCAGCGGCUUCGGCAUGUGACCCUGAGGACACGAGCGGUGUUUCUUCAACGACCGAGCUGAUCCUGGGGGACUGCGACGGGCAGCAUCAUCCCUCGUUCCUUGUGCAGGGGUCUAUUGCGCGGUCACUGCAUUCGAUAAGGAGCCGCAACUCUCCCCCUCUCCGGCCAUCCAACAGCCCCCCCACGCCCCUCCCCCCGCUCUCCCCAGAGUCGCCAGAGCGACGAGCAAGCGCAAUCAAUCCCGCCUUGGGGCACAUCAGCGCAGACUCUGACGAGGAGGGCAGUGAUGCAGAUGAAGACAUCGGGCCUCCCAUGUCUUGUGGCGAGAGGAUGCGGUCGAAUCCUGUCUCGUCUGAUGACUGCCCCGUGCUGCCGAGACACAAGCCUCGGCAGGGCAAGCACAUGCCGUCCCUGACCAACUCGCCCGACUCGUCACAGGCCCCCUCGCCAAUCAUCCAGUCGCCCAAACGACGCCUCGUCCCGCCUCAAGACGAGUCUUCAGGGAGGCUUCCUGCCGUCUCUGACCCCCCCUCCCCCUCCCCCCUGCUGCUGCUCGAUCGAGCGCGGAGAGCAGACCCCCACCCGCCCUCAUCAGCUAUCGACGAGUCCCACCUGCCGUCUGCGCUGUCUUCCCCUCAGCUGCCCCAGCCACAUGGUGAGUCGAGUUUUCCCCUGCUGGGCAGGCAUAUGCAUGGCCUGGGGAAGGGCAGUAUCGUCCUGGACCCGCUGAACAAUGACAGGAGGAGAGAUGUUGAGGCGGGGGUGCCGUACGACCCGCAGUUCCGCUAUGCAACGCCGGUCCCCAGACACGUCUUUCAGCGAUUUGGGACUGCUAGCGGUGGGCAACGACGGCAGCUAUGCGGAGGGAGCAUCAAGGAAUUGACGCGUCAAUGGUGUUGUUGUUGUGCAGAUCAGUAUUUGAAUCAGGCAGUGAUUGUUCUGGAGACGGUGCUGAAGAAGUAUGGCUCAUACGAGAGGUAUGUUGAGGAGAACGGCGGCCCCAUGAUCGGGCAGGACGCCAUCAUGAAGAUCGUCGACGAGUACCUCGACAUCCACCAGCUUAGGGGAGACAUAUCUGUGGUCUUCUGCCCCAACCUCGUCGCAUUCGGUCAGCAGCACAAACAGACACACACACACGCCUCUGUGGGUCAAUGUGAGCGCGUUUUUUGUCGACACAGCGUCGUUUAAGAUGGUGAAUAAGCAGCCGGUGCUCAACUUGCGUGCCGAGGGCAUGCGAGAGAAGUGGGUGCAGGGGUGCCUCCACCACGAGAUCGGUACCCACUUCCUCAGGCGCCUCAACAACGCCAGACAGCCAUGGGCAAAACGGGCCAAGAGGAAGGGGAGAAAACUCCUCCUCGAAGACAAAAACCCUACCGUAAGCUCUGUCUGUCUGUCUGUCUCCCGUCGGGUCGGUCGUGUGUGUCGGUGGUGAGCGGGAGAAUUGCGGUGUUUGUAUUUAUGUGUGUGUGCAGGAGGAAGGUUUUGCGACCAUCAACACGCUCAUCGACCGUGAGGGCCACCAUCUGUGGAGGGCCGCCCUGGCCUACUACACAUGCUACAUGGCAACUCAGGUCAGUCAGUACACACCCAAGCCAAGCCAAGCCCUGGAUGGAUGGAUGGAUACGCUCACAUCGGCUGUCUGUCUCCCCGUGCUAUGCGUGUCUCAGAUGUCGUUUUCUGCUCUGUUUGACCAUCUUGCAAGGUUUCUCGAGGACCCAGACUCACGGUAGGGAAGAGUGAGACGUCAACACCGGCUCAGUCAGCAUCAUGAACACCUCAUUUGUGGUGCCUCUCAUUGUCUUCAGCUGGGAUUUUUGUAUGCGUGCUAAGCGAGGGCUGACCGACACAAGUCGGCCAGGGGGAUUCUGCAAGGACCAGGUGGGCACAAAGAAAGGACACACCGGUGAACAGACAGACAAAACCGCCUUCGUGAAUCGUCUCUUGGAUGGGUGUGAACGAACAUGCAGAUGUACCUGACCGGUGCACUGACUGUUCUGAGGCGCAGGAAGGAGAUCGACUUCCGAGUAAGCCGACCAAGUCAGACAAGAACCGAGCUCUUUCCUCACCAUCACUGUCUCCCUGCAGGCGCUUUACAUGGGCAAAGUGAGCCUCGACGAUGCCGAGCGACUCAAAAGGUAAACAGAAUGAUGGAGCAACAGACAGGGGUGCGUGUGGAUGGAUGGAUGGAUGGAUUUGCGUCUUGCUGUGUGCUCUGCUGUGUCUGUCGCAGGGAGGGCAUAGCCGUGUUGGAUGGUCUGAAGCUGCCCGUCUUCCUGCAAGACGAGGAGGCGUACCGAAGGAAACUGGACGUGGUCGUGGAAUGCAAUGGCCUGUCCGAUGAUGUGCUCUGCACCUGACUGUGUGUCCUCAUCAUAGCCCCGGAGCACAGCACACAUCGCUGUCCUCCGCCUGCCCUGCGUGUCUGUGGGUCUGCGUGGAGUGGAGGAGGUGCAUACCGCUGUUUUUGCCGUCCUUGAUGCCGCUUUGCAAUGUGCAACUUCAUGCCAGGUGUGUGCUGACUCCUUGCGCACAUUUGUGGACAUCCGGAGCAGAUAUUUUUGG